AUAAAAUCAAUACUCGAAUGUCGAUAGUCACAUAUAUCGAUUUUGGACAUAACCAAUAAGUGGAACAUAAGACUACAUCUGGGAGUUUUUCUAACUACAGGAUUAAGAUGGCCGAUAUAGAAGUGAAAGAAACAAAAGUUCAGGAGAACAAAAAUACUCCUGCAGAAACAAAAAAAGGUAGAAAGGGUGGACGAAUUAGACCUAGGAAUUACAAUUUAGGAAAUGGUGUGUACAGAUUUAGUCGUACCCGCAUGUUUCACAAAAAAGCUAUCUACAAAUUCAUUGACAAGAAAACUCCAAAAACUGUUAAGCCUAAAAAACCAAUCACGAUUGAAAAGAAGAUUAGUGGUGAUAAAAAUGGAGAGAAACGAAUCGUAUUAUUAAAGAAACGGCGUGCAAACUAUCCUACCGAAGACCCGGUAACAGUACACCACGCUAAGAAGUGUUUCCGUGACCAUCACCGUUAUUUGAGACCUUCGUUGAAACCAGGAACUAUUUGUAUCCUACUUGCUGGUAUUCAUAAAGGAAAACGUGUUGUUUUCUUGAAGCAACUUAAGAGUGGUUUACUCUUAGUUACAGGUCCUUUCUUGAUCAACGCUUGUCCACUUCGUAGAGUGAGUCAAAAUUAUGUGAUCGCCACUUCCACGCGUAUUAAUAUUUCUGGUCUGAAGAUUCCAGCUCACAUCAACGAUGAUUAUUUCAAGAGGAAACGCGAGAAACGCGCGAAGAAGGAAGAAGGCGAUAUCUUCAGCAAAAAGAAGGACGAAUACAAACCAAAUGAUCAGAGGAAAGCUGAUCAAAAAGUAGUAGAUAAAUUUGUAAUUGCCGCUAUCAAGAGAAACAAGGAGAAAAAAAUGUUAUUCACCUACUUAUCAGCGAUGUUUGGACUGAGGAGCAGCCAAUAUCCACACAGAUUAAAAUUCUAAUCUUUAAAGAUUAUUCAUUAUAAAUUCAUAAUUAUAAUUAUCCAUAUUAUCAGUUUUAUACGGAUCUUCAAAUGACUUGCUUGCGCUGGCUGCCCACAAUCUACAAUGUACGCUUAACUUUGUGAUUGCCAUCGAUUCAUCGCUAAGCCACAUCCACUGGUUUGUGCUGAUAUAUGUCUCGAUCUUUUAUUUGUUUUGCAUUCAUUGUAGGAACUUGACACCAGAUAAGGCCAUUAUGUACAACAAAGAUCACAAUAAAAAAUGAGAAUUUCAUUGAUAA